AUGAUUAAAUCACUUUAAGUUGAUGAAGAAUAAAAGAAACUUUAAAAUAAUAGUAGUGGUUAAGCAGAUUAAAUAAAAAGUAUAUUUUAUCAAAUAAUUUUAGGUCCUGCUUCUAAUUAAUAAAGAUUAGAUAGUGGUCCAGAUGUUCCAAUUCAAAAAAUGACUCCUUCAGCUUCUCCUUUAUUAAGAAAUAAUAAACCUUUAUUAGAGUCUAAAUUAGAUGAACCAGUUAAUCCUGCUGUUACUCCUUUUUAAUAAUCUUCAAAGAAAAUAUAAUUUACAGGUGUAAGAUCUGAAUAAUGUAUUUAAAAAUCACCAGUUAAAAGAAUACCAUAUGAGAAAUAUCAUAGAAAUGGGAAUGUUAGUUUAUAAUAAUUAAAUUUACCUUAAUUACCUGGAUAUAAAUUAGAAUUUGGUCCAAUGUUUUUGAUUAUAAUGGGAUUAUCAUUUCCAUUUGGAAUACUUUUAGCAUAUAUUAGUAGUGAAUUUGAUUCUGGUACAUUUACAUUUGUAAAUUGUUGGCUUUUAAUUGGAUUGUUUACUUUAUCAUUAAUUUAAUAAUUAUAUACUCAUAAAAAUGGUUUAUGUAAUUACAUACUAUCUAAAACUGAAUUAGAUUUUUGGAAUGAACCAAAAUUUAUUAAAAUAAUGUGGGGUAUAAGAAUAGUAUUAUUAAUUGUGAAUUUAUGUUUAACUAUUUAUUAUGGUUAUUCAGUAUGGAAUGAUAAUAUUAGUGAUUCAAUCAUAUCAAUUUUUGUAUUUUUAACUAUACUUACCUUUUGCAAUAUGAUAUUUAUUAUUUUUAUCUUUUAUGUAAUUAUUUUAUAUAAUAUAAGGCUAUUAUUCCAGUAAGUAAUAAAUAAUUAGUAGUUAUUAAAGAGAGAGUAGAUAGAAUUUAAAGAAUGUAAGAAAAUAUUUAAGUUCCACUUUCAUUUUAAUUUUGUAAUUAAAUACUUGGAGUAUUUUAACAUGGAUCUGAAGGCAAUAUCUAUUAAAGCACUAUAGCAUCAUAAAAUUAUUAAAAGUUUGUGAAUGAAGUGGAAGAUAGAUAAAGAGAUCUACUUAAAGUAGCAACUUCAAGAAAUGAUAAAUUGACACAUGAUGCUAAUGAUUUUGUAAAUAAAUUGACUAAACAAUUAAAAGAGAAAAAGGAAGAUUAAAUGAAAAUUUAGAGAAUGAGUAAUCCUGGUAUUGCACCUUUUGAUAUAUUGGUUAAUUAUCUUUCUUUUUUCUUUAUGUAUUGUAUAGGAUUUCCUAUAUUCCUAUAUUUUGCAAUGGCAUAUUAAGAAGUUAAAAAUGAAUAUUUACCUAUAUUAUUCUUUUUAUAUCCAUUUAGUCUUUAUGUAUGGAAGAAAUUUACUUUAAGUUUUUUUACAAUGAAAUAAUUUGUGGAUUAUAAUUAUGAAUCAAAAAUAGUAAUUUUAGGAGUAACUUCAUAUAGAAUAGGGACUAUGUCUGUUUAAAGAUUAGGAGUAGGAUAUUUUAUAUAAUUUUUAGUAAUAAAAUUUGUAUGUAAAAUUCUUUAUUAUUGGAUUAUUGUAUUUGGAUAUUAUUUUAAUUUGGAAUAAAGAAAAUAAAUGUAUAUGAAUUAUAUUAGAGGAAGUGUUGUUGAUAAUUCAUAAUAAAAGAAUAAAUUAUAAACUAAAAAAACUGGUACUCUGAUUUAAUCUACAGCUUAAGUAAAAGAUAGAAAAUAAUCUCUUUAUGAAGCUUAAGAAUAAGAAACACCUUCUUUUUCUAAAACUGCUGCUAAUUGGAUACAUGUUGAUAAUAUUGAAAAUAUAAAAAAAGCAUUAAUUACAAAAUAAAUAUUUGGAUUUGUUUUAUCAGAAGUAUUUGAAAUUGUAAUUGCCCUUUUAUUUGUUGUUUUGAGUUCAAUUUUAUAUAAUGAAAGGAAAUAAUCUACUAAAUGGUCCACUUUUGAUGUAAAUAAUGAUGAACAUCGAAUAUUUCAAUUAGAAAUUGGACUUGAGAUACUAGUUGAAUUUGCAUUUUGUAUAAUUACAAUUGGCUUUUAUGUAAAAUAAUUAAAGUAACUAUAAAUAAUUAAUCCUAUUUAGAAUUCCUAACACAUAUAGUUUUUUUUAAUAAAUAUAACAUAUUAUAGGAAAUGAUGGAUUAAAAUCAUUAAUUUAUGAUUAUUGUUUUGCAAUAGUCGUAUGUUUUUUAAUAGUAGGAAAUAAAUUUGAAAUUAAAUGAUUAUUGAUAUAUUUAUAUAUUAUUGUUAUAUUAUUUCAUUAUUUAAUGUAUUGGACAUUCAUUUCUAAGCAAAUACUAUAAGAUUUAGAAUCAAUUCCAAAUUCUACUCAUGUUCAUAAAAUAAUUAAUAAUUAAACAACUAAAAUCAAUCAUUCAUUUCAAUUAGAUUCUUUCAAAUAAUUUUCAGCAAGUAAAAUAAGAUGUUAAUCAACUCAUGAAAUAAAUGAUUAAAUUGUUGCUUCCAAAUAUUAAAGAUUUCAUGAUAUAAAAAUUGAAUUUCCUAUGGUGAGAAAAAGGAGACUUGCAAAUAUUUUAUCCAAUCCAAAUGAUUACUGUCGUAAUUUUAUUAUAUUAAUUGUCUCUAGAAAGAAUAAGACCAGGAAAAAAGGGAACUUUAGCUGGUACAAUCUUAAAGAAAUACAAGGAUAUUAGACUAUCUAAUCCUAAUAAUGAUAAAUUAUUACAAUGUUCAUUCUCAACGUAUUAAAUCAAUCAAAUUUUAGAUAAGAAAUCAUAACUUCUAGAAAAUAUAUUCAUACGAUAAAAACUCAAACAAUUAUUAAAGAAAGAUAACUCUCCAAUAGCAGUUCAUCCCCUAAUGUAACUUCAACUCUAAGUCCAAUUACUCCAAUUGCACCCAAAAAUUGUAUACUACAUUUGUUAUUUAGAAUAAAAAUAUAUCAUUCGUUCUAAACUAGGAUAAUCGGUUGAUUUGGAUAAGAUUAAACACCCUCGACAAUUAUAACCUUUGUCGCAUUUUUUAAGUUGUUCUCCUAGGACUAUUAGACCAGUAAUUGAUAAUCCCUUGCAUAAAAAGUCAUAUUCAUCCAAUUCUAUAAAUUCAUUAUACAUAAUGAAUAAAGUAUAUGGGAAUAUCACUAAUAAAUGUCUACCUAAAUCAAUAUUCAAAAAUAAAUGA